ACCCUUCUGGCCGGCCAAUUGGAGGGGGUUUGGAUUGUGACGUGAUGGGAUUCUGCGAAAUUGUUACUGAGCAAGAGAAUGCCGGAACAGUGAGGACCGGCUGGAGAGGGGGGAGUGGAUCGGGCUGUGCACGGGGGCAAAAGUAUCUCUUAGACCUAGAUUUUUUUUCUGCUAUCUCCAAACGCUUUUUUUGCUUGGUUUGGGUGAAUGCGUUGAGAAAUCUAACGAAGAAAAUUGGGCACCCGGGAAUUGCGGAGCCCCCUUCUGCAUUUUUUUUUUAAAAGCUGUCACCCCUCCCGGAACGCCUUGGUUUUUUUUUUUCCACUAGAAAUCAUAACUUGAAAUCGCCACGUGUGGCAUCUUUCCAAGACAGCCUUAUUAUUAGAGAGUCCGUUGCGCUUGUCUAUUGGGAUUGAUUGGAAAGCUGGAGGGGCCCACUAGUCCCAGGUAAGGGAGGGCUUUGGGAGAGUGAGAAAGCCCCCCACGGUAGCCCCGGAUUGUGGAUGCUGCGUUUGGAGUCACUGGUUGUUACGUAAAGAUGAGGGGUUGAGGUCGACUUCUUGCGCGGAUUCCAAAGCGCACGGCUCUCUCCUCCCCGCCCCCUUGGCUCCGCGAUCUCGCUCGUCGGGGGAGAGAGGACGAGCUGAUUGAUCGUAGGGGAAAAAGAGGGGGAAAAUAAUAAAGCAAAUAAUAAUAAUAAUAACCAGCAAGCAAACUCCAGGAGGUACGACAGGAGGGGGGUGGAAAGUUGGUGCCGCUGGACUUGGGUACCUCCUGCUCCUCCCUGCGCCCUCUGGCCCGCACCAUGUCCGCAGCCGCCUACAUGGACUUCGUGGCUGCUCAGUGCCUGGUUUCUAUUUCCAACCGCGCUGCGGAGCCGGAGCACGGGGCCGCCGAGGCGGAGAGGCUGAGGAUGCCCGAGCGAGAGGGGACGAAGGAGCACGGUGACCCCGGGGAUACAUGGAAGGACUACUGCACUCUGGUCACUAUCGCCAAAAGCUUGUUGGACCUGAACAAAUACCGACCCUUGGCGACCCCUUCCCUCUGCAGUGACAGUAUCGAAAGCCCCGAUGAAGACCUGGGAUCCGACAGCGACGUGACCACCGAAUCUGGGUCGAGCCCUUCCCACAGCCCCGAGGAGAGACAGGAUUCUGGUGGGGUGCCCGGCUCUCUCUCCCUCCUCCACCCUGGAGUGUCUGCAAAGGGGAAACUAGCCUCUGAAAAGAGACACAAGUGUCCAUACAGUGGAUGUGGCAAAGUCUAUGGAAAAUCCUCCCAUCUAAAAGCCCAUUACAGAGUGCAUACAGGUGAGCGACCCUUUCCUUGCACGUGGCCAGACUGCCUUAAAAAGUUCUCCCGCUCAGACGAGCUGACCCGCCACUACAGAACCCACACCGGUGAAAAGCAGUUCCGGUGUCCUCUGUGUGAAAAGCGCUUCAUGAGGAGUGACCAUCUGACCAAGCAUGCCCGGCGUCACACUGAGUUCCACCCCAGUAUGAUCAAGCGAUCUAAAAAGUCCCUUGCAAAUCCUUUGUGAGACCUGGAUGUACCAGGGGAGGUCAGGACAGCGAAAAAGACAAAAAAAAGAAAGAAGGAAAGAAAGAAAGGAAAGAAAGAAAGAAAGAAAGAAAAAAGACCCUUAGAGGCAAACAGACAAAUGGGGAAAAAAAACACAAGCCCCAGAAGUGGCCCACUUUUCAGCACAGGAAGGCAAUUGCUGUACAGUCAACAUUCAGAGGUUUCUCUCCUUGCAUUUUUUUUAAGCACAUAUACCUGAGGUUGCAGAGUCAACAGUCUUAAACCAUCUCUGAUUAAGGCGGGAGAGCAGAUGCAUUGGGGGGGGGGGGAGGGAGAGGGAGGGAUUGAGAGGGUGGGCUCAGGGGAAAGGGGUAGUAAUUUAAGGAAUCAAAACACUGGUGUACAUAUGUUUGACUGGGUGAGUCGACCUGUGGUGAUCACAUAGUGAUUCCAGGGCCAUUCUGCUUGCUAUCUCUCUCAGAAUUUUGUUUUCGUUUUCCUUUUUGAUGUAUACGCUGAGUGUGCUUAAAUUUCCUUAGCAAGACCACUCUCUGAAUCACGUUAAUUUAGGAAAUAAAAAUGGAUAACACAGCCUUCUCUUACGGAAGCAAGAUCACAUCUACUACAGCAUGAUCACCCCUCAAAAGACUGGAAAACAGAGACAACUCCUAGGCGGUGGGUAUGCAGACAUUCAACUUCCACUAAGCUAAAGACAAACCUUUCUCUCAUAGGUUAUGCUAAGUUCAACCCCUUUACAACUUUCUUUAUAUGAAUUCUUCUUUUUGAACCCAGGCUGUACUUUUAUUUGCUGUUACAAAAGUCAAGUGAAUUAAGCACAUAUUUUAAAGUUGAGAUCAAAGAUCCCCUUUGGCAUCAUGUUAUAAACCUGCUUAUUUAAUAGAUCUAUGCCAUUUGUUGCCAAGUACAGGCUAGGAAAUCAUGAUCAAGAUGGGGUCACUGGUAUGCAAGCAGCUCAGAUCUGAAUUUAACUCUACUAACUUGGUCAGGGUUUCCUAUCCUUUCUGUUCACAUCAUCUUACUGUACCAUAAUGCCACGGAUGGGCAGGGCUUUUCCUCUGUUGUGUUUUGUUUGAAUGGGUGCCUGACAGCAGCUACGUCUUAAAACCUGCUGGUGGGUUAAAGGUCUCUUCUUUCCACAUUCAUGUAAAACCCCCACUCACAGGAGCAAGAGUUAUUAAAAAAAAAAGGGAAAAUUGAGCAGAGAUCUAGAAAGAUAAAUAUACUCAGCAGGUGAUGAUGAUGAAAAUUGCUAAGGUGAUUUCAGAGAGCACCCUCAUAGCAGCCACUUUUAGAGAGCAUAGGCAAUUGGAUUACUGUACCACCCUGAAAACAUAUCACCAUAUUUUUUAUGGCAUAAAUUUCACCACUACAUACCUUGUACUGAACUUAGGUGUCUACGAAGGCUAAGAACCACUAUGUCAACAGUAGAGCACGGACCUAAAAACUGCAUUUUUGGCCUUUAAAGUUAAGUGGCCAGAAAAAAAAAUUAACUGCUUUUUUAGAUUGAAACAGACACCUCAAAGGAGGAAAAAUAGAAGCGAGGUGGGGAAAUGUUUACAUUUUUUUUUUUCAGAAAUAAAACUUUCUGAGCAUUUUGUUAUCAGAUCUUUAAAACAGGGAGCUAAGGUACACACUCUAACUUAUACAUGUUUGUAGAGCUUGUCAUGUAAGAUUAGGGUGCAUGCCUAUAGUGAACACAUUAUUUUACCUGACAGAAGCCUGCUUCUAAUGCAGAAGCAACAGCGGCAUGAGGCUCCCAGAGAGGGGGAGCAUCAAAGUCGCUUGCUUGGUCUGCUUACCAGUGUUGUGUUUGUAGUUCUGUAAGGAGAACUGCUUUUUAACAUUGGGACUUGGAAUAGUCCAAGGAAUUAAAAAAAAAAAAGGAAUGAAUUUUCCCCAGGGAAAGCAUGUCAGGAAAAUAAUGAACACUUUCUACCUCUGUUUCAGCUUUUUGAAACACUUAUUUUAAAACCAAACUUUCAUUUCUGUGUCCAAACUGAGUUAGAGACAUUUGUUCUUCCAUAUGAAAUAGGCAUGUUGCCUGUUUCCUGCUGAACUCCUAGAAUGAUUGUGCUCACUGACAUUCUGCAUGUGGCCUUUGGUGACUCAGGAAUUAGUGGUUGCCUAGCAACUCACUAACUUCCAAAACCUCAUCUUCCUCCCUCCCCCCAGAAAGAAAUUAGGGAAAAGAAGAAAAAAAAA